AUGGCAUCUAGAAUAAAUACCAGUUUCACUUUGAUUCCCAACCAGAAAUAUAGACGUAGUAAUCGUCGAUCCAGCUAUUUUUCCAACACCCUUGAUUCAGAUUCUCAGCCCUUAUCAACGCUUGGAAAUUUUAAAGCCUUGCCAUUGGAAAUAUUCCAAAUAAUCUUAAGAUAUUUGUCAGUGAAGGAUGUCAGCAUGCUAAGCAUGGUGUCUAAAACAGUCAGCCAGCACAUUAUUAAUUAUAUUUCAACUGCAUCAGGAAAAAGACUUUUACUACAGGACUUUCAUAACCUUGAGCUGCCUGGUAGGAAACAAGACUCUGCUAUACUGGAGCACUACAAAUCUCUAGGUCUACUAUUUAAAAGAUGCACGUUGCUGCUACCCACCAAGGAAAGACUAAAGUACAUUCACAAGAUACUCUCAGAAGUUUCCUGUUUAAAAUUCAAUGGCUGUGCAGCUCCCAUGCAAUGUUUAGGAUUACCAUGUUAUGGCAUGUUUUUACAGACCUUAACAGCAGGUUGGGAUGAACUUGAGUGCCAUCGUGUCUAUAACUUCUUAUGUGAGUUGACUAAUCUCUCCCGCAAGAUGCAGACUGUUGUCUGUAGCAAACCAGGAAGUGCCCGAAAACUAGAAUUAAGGAUCAGGCUAUUCUGUAGAAAUGUCCUCCUUGAUCACUGGAUACAUCGAAGUGAUUCUGCUUUUUGGUUGACACGAAUAUUAAAACCAUGGCCAAUGGUAAAUCAGGCAAGAUUACUGUACAUCAUCUUUGGGCCAACAUCUUCUCAGGAUGGACAGGUGGUUUGGCAGAAAAUGACAGAAGGACCUACAGAUGAAUCCAGUCUGAAAGGUUUGGCUGAUGCCAUUAAAUUACUGUAUGACACAGGCACCAAAGAGUGGACAGCAGAUGAUGUUAUCAGUCUUGUAGAUGAACUCUCAGUGGUUCCUCGGGAGUGGCUUCUAGAAAAUAAUGCACGUCUCCUAAUCCUAAGUGGAAACAACAUCUGUUUCACUUUCAUGGCUAGUAAAGCUGUGAAUGGACGGGCCAUUGAACUGGCAAGACUCAUUGUCUUUUUGGCUUUGGUGUGUGAGAAAGAACUAUACUGCAUGGAUUGGGCAGUUAAAAUGAUGCAAAAAGUUUGUAAAGUCUUUAGCACUCCCGUGGAAAGAAAUAACUUCCUGCAGAGUGUGGCAAAUGCAUUUGCCUGUGUUACAAUGGAAAUGCUGCAGUCAAUCAUGUCUGGAGAUCGUGAUGAAGACGACAGAGGUUUUUUGAAUUUGUUCCAUCUUGUACAUGCUCAGGCUAACUUCCAUAAGGAGGUCCUAUAUUUGACCAUGAACACACUGUCUCCCUAAAUACUCAGAAAGCCUUGAAUUUAGAGAAUACAUCGCUGAAUUAACACUUAAAAGGGUACUACGUUUCCACACCUGAAGAAUACAUCUAUGGGACUUUUUAUCAUCUAAGGAAACUAGGAAUUCAAAAGCUGCAUAGGAUUUUAGCAGCAACUGCUUACACCAUUAUUAAUAUAAAAACAAUAGGCAAAACCAAGAAUGUGCUGUGAUUUCUCUGGAAAAUAAGCUUUGCCUCAGA